UGCGACGCCCCUGCCUGCAGCAGUGAAUCAAAUCCACCUGUUCAUAACUAUAGCUGGUUUAAAGUGAAUAAAACAUCACCUGUUGGAUCUGGACAGACUUACAUCAUCACUAACAUUAACUCCAGUCACAGUGGAUGGUUUUACUGUGAGGCUCAGAAUGAAGUUGGAUCUCAGAGAUCUGCUGCUGUUUCAGUCAUUGGUAAAGGAGGAAAAAACUCAGUUCUUUAUGUGGUUGCCGGAGUCUCAGCUGGAUUUGGAAGUUUCAUUUUCAUUCUAAUCAUUGUGGUUGUGUGGCACUACAAACACAGACCUGAUGACAUCAGACAAGAUGAGGAUCAUAUGUAUUCCACCAUUACAAAGACUCAUAAGAAAGUCUCAUCACCUGAAUCUGGAAAUGAUGAGGAGAUUAUGUAUGCAACAGUCCAAAUCAUCAAAAACCCAAAUGCUUCAAAAGAGACUGGAAAUGAAGAGAUUUCUACUGAGAGAUCUGCUGUUGAUGUGAUGGAGGAUCAAUUUGUGAUUUACAGUGGAGUCAAAUGAUCAAUUCAGGAUUUUGUACAAGGGGAAACAAGUUGGCUUAGUUUACAGCUCAAAAUGGUUUAUUAACAAAUAUUUUAGCAAAAAUCACACAUCAAAUAUGUGGUUUACAGGGCCAUGAAUAGUGUAUAAUGACAUGUUAACUAUGCUAGACUGUAAAAAAAAUCCGUAGAAUUUGCAGCUGGGUUGCCGGUAAUUUAC